CCUCCGAAUACUCUCUUUCAGACAAAGCAAACAAGAAUUUUUACACACACAGAAAAUUUGGUAAGAGCUGAAGCUAAUAUGGGUAUGGUUAUAGUCAUCUCUCUGCCACUAAUUUUCUUCUGCAUAUUACUUGGUGUUGGAUGUUUCUUCUUUGGAAGAGCUAAAGGCCGACAAGAUUUCCGCACCAAUCCUCGGGUUUACGGCGUCCCAGCUCCGCCAUCGGGAGCAGCAACCACCUCUUUCCCAUCUCCUCCACACGCCAAGGCGCCUGACAAUUUAUCCAAUGUCUGAUAUUGUCAUCACUCAUCUCAGAUUUGAAUUUGCACCCAAGGCCCAAGAUUGGAUUUCAUAUCUGGUUUCUUUAGAAAAUUGUUUCUUCGUUUUGUU